UCCCCCAGCAGCUCCUAUAUAGCUGGGUGGCCCGGCAGCUGGAGGACCCUGCAGCUCCUGGCCCCAGAAGCACCCCCAGCAGAGAGCCCCAGGUUCUGACACCAUGAGGAAGCAUCUGGGAGCAUGGGGCUUGGCCAUUGUCUGCGUCCUGCUCUUCAGCCAUCUGCCCCCGGCCAAGGCGAGAGGCAUAAAACACAGAAUCAAGUGGAACCGCAAGGCGCUGCCCAGCACGGCUCAGAUCACAGAAGCGCACGUGGCCGAGAACCGCCCCGGCACCUUCAUCCGCCAGGGCCGGAAGCUCAACAUCGACUUCGGGCCGGAGGGCAACAAGUACUACGAGGCCAACUACUGGCAGUUCCCCGACGGGGUCCACUACGACGGCUGCUCCGAAGGCAACGUGACCAAGGAGGCGUUCGUGGCCAAGUGCGUCAACGCCACGCAGGCGGCCAACCAGGGGGAGUUCUCCCGGGAGAAGCAGGACAACAAGCUGCACCAGCGGGUCCUGUGGCGGCUCAUCAAGGAGCUCUGCUCCAUCAAGCACUGCGACUUCUGGUUGGAAAGAGGAGCUGGAGUUCAGGUCGGCGGGGAGCAGCCCUUGGUGCUUGGCCUGCUGCUUUGCACCUGGCUGCUGGUGAAGUAAGCCGGCAAUGCUGUGCGCUGAGGGUCCCUCCGUCCCCCCAAACCCACGGCGUUCUGAAGGUACCAGAGUGGUGACUCCUCAGUGCUUCAGUGCUCAUCCCCAGGUGUGGCCCUUGGUGUUUGCUCGUACCUGGUAAAUGCAUGCGUGUGUGUGUGUGUGUGUGCGUGCGCGCGUGUGUGUUUUGGGAGGGUGGAGCUGUGUCCUGCUCAUCACAGCAUCGCACAUCAAUGCUCCAAGUGGAAUGUCUGGCACAUUAGGCAAAAAGCGUUUGGGGAUUCCAGGAGAGAAAGCGUCAGAGCUGUGCCAAGCCCCCCACAAUUCUUCCCAGCCACUCUCGGGGUGAGGUGUUUCUCCCAUUUUAUGGGGGAGAAAACAGAAGCCCAGAGAAAUGAAGUAGCUUGCCCCAAGUCUCCAGCGAGCCAGUGGCAGAAUCGGGACUUGGCUACGUCCUGUUAACUCCAGGUUUUCUGCUCUGUCCCGUCCCAGAUCUGUCACAUACAUGUCCACUUCAAGGGCCAGAUCCACGCGUAGCUCUAAGGAAACUGUGACAUCUCCACUCGUAGAAAUCAAUGAAAAGACCUGAGCCGACGGCUGGGUAGCCCGCUACCUGGGAGUUGAAUUCACCCCUCCUAAUUCAGCUAAACGAUAGUAAAGCUUGCAGGUAAAGCCAGAGGAAGGCGCAGACGCCACACGGUGAGGCAGUGUGGCCAAUCCGAUCCUCAGAGCUGAGCAGAUUCAGAGCUGGGUGUGUCUGUGGCCUGAAGGGAUUUUUCCCAGAAGGGUAAGUGCAGCUCCAGGGCCUGGGUUUCUGUGCACCCACACGAGCGUCUUUAGACCUGCUUUAUCGGGCACACUCUACAGUCUCUACCGGUUCUUUCAACUAUUUGCCAAAGAGGUUAAACAGAUGCAGGGUCUUCAGGGAGAUCCAAUGAGAAAUCCACCCAUGCUAUGACCCAGUGUUGAUUUGCCACCUUAUCCAUUAAAAAUGCAAUGUAACAAAUAUGAACAUAAUUUUUUUAAAAAAUCUAACGCCCUAAGAAGGCAGCCAGCCCUCUGUGAAUCCCAGAAGCCGCUGAAUCCUCGGAGCAGGUAGACGCUGAUGAAUGCUAUGGAUUCUCUUGAAAGAGUCCAGAAGGGGAAAAUACGGUGUGACCGCCGGGCAGUUUGCCCCAAGCGUUUGAGAACCGGGGUGCUGAGCAUGGGGGCUCUUGGGCGGAGUUCCCACUGCAUGCGUGUUCUUCUCAAAAGAAAACAGUAACAGGAGAGAAAGGAGAGAGAGAAAGGAAAAGGAGGAAGAAAAAGGGAAGGAGGAAGAGAGAGAGAGAGAGAGAAACUUAGAGGCUGUUGUUGCCAUGCCAAGCCCUGACUCUCCUAAGCUUUGUCACAAGGAUACUCACAGCCACACAAACAAAAGGCUUCAUUUCUGCUGGGAAAGGCUCAGGCCCCGUGUAAGCCACUUUCUGCCAUUUGUUAACGGUCCCACAGACCAGAUGGAAAGGGAACACGAGGAGAGUGUGCCGCUGUGGUGGGCACGUCCAGUCUGCCCGUGGAGUCUUUCACCGAUGCUCCCUGAGCCCUCCCACGCACAUUCACAGAUUGCCAACGUGGGCUUCGUGGGUCUGGCUUUCCGCCUUAGCAAAGGGUCAUCGAGCGUACUCUCUGUGCAAAACACUGGGGAGGGGGGUCUCGAUUGCUCCUGAUGCUGGCGUGUUCCAGCGAGAGUAACUUCGCCGACCACUGCUGUCUUGUCCCUCUGAGCCCGGACUUUGUACUGUAGAAGUUGAUUGUAACUGCCACAGAAAUCUGCAAUCAAAAACUCACUGUAACCCCAGCAUCUGAUUACGCCAGCGCUUUCUUAUGUUUUUCCCCAGAACCUCCCAGUCCUACCCAUCUGCCUGUCCAGAUGUACAAAUCGGUCAUAGUAAUACAGGUGCGCUCUUACAGUCCAAUGCUUACUUCGCCCCGUUCAACGCCUGCCCCCUCGUUCUCUUAUGAGUUUUGUUCUUUUACUUCCCUGCCCCCAUCUUCCCCGUCCCACUCCCUCCUUGUAGCCUGAGAUGUAGGCUCCACCCGUUCACUCUGCUCAGAUGUCUACGCAUGAUGUAUUUGUUUGAUUGUGUCUUUUUAAAGCACUGUAAGUAUACGUAUACUAUUCCUUCCUCUGCAGUUUGCCUCUGUAACUUAACUCUGCAUUAUUAAACUCUUUGGGUAACAGCUCACUGCCCAGUUAGUUCAUCCUUUUAGACGGCUGUGUAAUACUCCAUGGUACAGUCGUACCAUGGGUGGCUUACUCAUUUCCUUGUUAGAGGACCUUCAGGCUGUUUCCAGUUUUUUGCCACUGCAAACAAUAAACAUCCUUGUACAUACGA